AAUUUGACCAGACGAGCCAAUCAGAGAAGACAUUUUCAACCAUGGUUGGGAAGCCAGCACUGAGUUCAGCAUGAAGAGCUCUGUGUGUGUGUGUGCGUGUGUGUGUGUGUGCUUUUACUAUGUGAAUGUAUGAAGAUGUGUGUGUGUGCAUGUUUAAGCUGAAGUAGUGGUGGCGGGGCAUGAUGGUGGUAACCAUGUCCACAGAAGAUGUGACUAACUGCACCAUCAGCCAUGAAAUCCACCAAUACGUCUUCUCCUGUGUAUAUAUUAUCGUACUACUGGUUGGUGUUCCUUCUAACCUUUACUCAUUGUAUCACGCUGCAGUGCAGCUGAAGCAAAAGAAUGAGUUGGGCGUUUAUUUACUCAACCUCACUGUGUCCGACCUGUUGUACCUGACGUCUUUACCACUGUGGCUCCAGUAUUUCUUUCAGGAUGACGACUGGCGUCACAGGGAGUGGCUGUGUAAGCUGUGUGGCUUCCUGCUUUAUGAGAACAUCUACAUCAGCAUCGGCUUCCUGUGCUGUAUUAGCUUGGAUCGCUACCUGGCUGUGGUCCAUCCUUUGAGGUUCUCCUCCUUUCGCUCCUUUAGUGCUGCGUGGUUUGUCAGUGCGAUCAUCUGGCUGAAGGAACUCGCAGUGGGCGUGUUUUUUUUUCACCAUAAAGAAGUGAGCAGAGACCCCACCAACCAAUCGCUGUGCUUCGAGCACUACCCCAUGAAGCCGUGGGAAUAUUCCAUCAACUAUUACCGCUUCUCCGUUGGCUUCAUGUUCCCGCUGGCUAUUCUGUUGAUCAGCUACCUUUGUGUUCUUCGUGCCGUCAGUCGGAGCGCAGGGACGCAACCGGACCAGAAGGUCAGAAUCAGACAGCUGGUCAGCAGCACCAUCCUCAUCUUCCUCAUCUGCUUCUCCCCCUAUCAUGCCUUCCUUUUAGUGCGCACCCUGCUGGAGCGGGACUGCAACUUCAUCAGAGGGAUAUUUAAUUACUACCACAUCUCGCUGUUGCUGACCACGCUAAACUGUGUUGCCGACCCUGCCCUUUACUGCUUUGUCAGUGAAAGUGCCCGCCAUGGCCUGUACAGGUCCAUAUUUCAUCCAGUUAUCAGAUUGCUUUGUUGCUGCUGUCGACGUAGCAACGCAAGCCCCGCCCAUGCCUCCACAGAUUCCCAUGAGGUGGCCAUGGAAGAGAACAACAGCCACCCAACGGUGACUCUGAUCACACACGCCAACACACUCAACAGUGCCACCAAAGACACCAAGACAAUUUUAAUCACACAACUGGAUGAAAAGACGAUCACACCUUUAUUUGGAGAGAGUAAACGCAGCGGUGUGGUGGUCAUGGAGGUGCAGAGCAAAAAGACAGGCUGGACUGAAGAGAAGGGUCCCGCGUAAAGUUACCUGAGGAACAGUCAGGAACUGUCCUCACAGUAGACCGGGGGGACUACAGCUAAAUCAACCUGAAAACGAGAACAGCACUCUGCCAAUGCGGAAAUCAUGAAUGGUUAAAUUCCAUAUUCUGCCCUUUCAAACUCCAGAAUGUAAUGUUUUCUUUGUGGGACUAGACCAUUUUCACCAAGUGUAGUUUAUUAGUGUUUGAAUAAUCCUGCCAAAGAGCUGAUUAUUUCAGACCUACCAACACCAUCAGGGCAAAACACCAUUAUUUUAAAGGAGACCACCUUUUACAGUCAAAUAUGUUUAACGUUUCAUGAUAAACAUCCUCAGUGUCCAACAAUUCUUUGUUUACAUAGAAGUUCUCCUGCUGUCAGCAAAAUUUACACAUGAAACAGCUCCUGUGAGACAUCUGUGACAUAGGAGAAGGAAGUUCAAGGAAGUUCAUACUAUCUGAGGUACUCUCAGUGAGCCCAACCUCACCCCCUCAGAUCUUGGUGGAAUUUGGUAUACGGGUAGUCUUUGGUGGGAAAAGGCUAACUUUCAAAUUUCAGUUCACUCAUACCAGUGGUUCCUGAGAUAUAGCCAUUUCUUUUCUCACUUUUUCAUGAAAAAGAAAAAAAAGAAGAAAAUCAAAUGAAUUCAGCAACUCAUGAUCUGAUUUUUAAAAGCAAGGUAUCUUUGGAAAGGAUUUUAUAUAAGGAAUCUAAAUGUGACAUUUAUUUGAUCUUCUGUGAAUAUUUAGGAAUGAUG